AUGGCGACCCGGAGUCUAACCGAGGCUUUCGUGCUGAUGCGGAAUAACGCGGUGCACACGAGGCACGUGCUGGCCGAGCAAGUGAGUAGCACCACCACCACCACCACCUUCUCAUCAUCCACGACCGCGGCGCGACGCCGCGCCUCGGAGCUGGACGAGAUGGCGGAUGACCGCAUGGCACUCGUGUCCGGUCUCAGCAUGGACCCCGAGGCAGCCAUUGCCGUCACAAAGACACUCCCACCGGACUGGGUGGACAGCGUGGACGAGAUCCAGUACGAGGUGGCGCGGAUCAAGCAGAAGAUGAAGGAGCUGGCGGUGCUGCACGACAAGCACCUGAACCGGCCCACGCUGGACGACACGAGCGAGGAGGAGCACGCCAUCGAGAUCACCACGCAGGAGACCACGCAGAUGUUCCACAGGUGCCAGCGCGCCGUCCAGGCGCUGCAGAACCGGGCGCGUGGGCGCGGCGAGCAGGAGCGCCGCAUCCUCGCCAACGUGGUGAGCUCGCUGGCACAGGGGCUCCAGGAGCUGUCCACCGCUUUCCGCCACGCCCAGUCCGGAUACCUGCGCCGAAUGAAGAACCGCGAGGAGCGCUCGCAGGUCCUCUUCAGCACGGGGGGACCGCUCAUGGAGGAGACGGAACCCGACGACCUCUACGACCGCUGGUUCACUGAGGAGCAGCUGCAGCUGGUGGAGGGCAACACGGAGAUGGUGGAGGAGCGGGAGCGCGAGAUCCGUCAGAUUGCGCAGUCCAUCUCCGAGCUCAACGAGAUCUUCCGCGACCUCGCGCACAUGGUGGUGGAGCAGGGCACGGUGCUCGACCGAAUCGACUACAACGUGGAGCAGUCGUGCGUCAAGACGGAGGAGGGGCUCAAGCAGCUGCAGAAGGCCGAGACGUACCAAAAAAAGAACCGGAAGAUGCUCGCGAUCCUCCUCCUCUUCGUGAUUCUCGUCAUCAUGAUCCUCGUCUUGGUGGGGACCAAGGGGAGAUAACGGGGCAGGCCGGCGUCCCCCGGGGCCAUCACGCCCCCCCCCCCCGUGCACCAACGGGACGACGCGUGCUCAGCAUCGCUCUAUUUAUUGGAUGUAAAUUUCCCGUCGGCGUGCGCCUCCCAAUGCCCCGCCCCCUCCCCCCCCCCCCCUCGUGCCCCCCCCCCCACCGACCCCACCCCCUCCCUCCGCACCCCCGGCCCACGACAGGCGCCGGAAAUCGCCGAACUUCUGAACGACCAAAACACCGCCGGGUUCAUAAUGGCCGGCCGGUGGAGGGGAUGGGGGGGGAGCCUUUGCAGCCUUGUGCGGCGUUUGAACUUGUCGGGGGUACGAGGAGGGAGGGAGGAGGGGAGAAGGGUAAAGAUUCGCGGGGGGGGGGGGCGAGGAGGAGGGGGAGGGGGGUGGGGGCCGUGUCGGUAGCUUGCGGGUCGUCUGAUGCCUCGUUUCCCUGACCCAGCGAGAGGGGGGUGGUGGUGGUGGUGGACACUGGGUUUUGGUCAACCCAGGAUUGGCCCAGUUCCGGCCCAGAUAUGGCACCAGGCCCCAGGAUCAGAGUUCGCAGACUCCUGCUUCAUGUGGUCCCGUCCCUGUCCUCCCUUUACGCUUCUCAGCAAAGGGGUUGGACUCUGAAAUCAAUCUUUAGGUUAAAGUAUUCAUCUACGUGGAGAUCUGUUCCAUGAAUCGAUUGUUCCGUGUCCGAGGGAGAAGUUUGGCAGCAAUGGGUACCCCAAGUCUGACCUUUCUCGAAGCGAUAUUCAGCCUUGAGGGGCAAUGGAAUUCUUAUACCGGUUUUUUUUUCCACUGGCACAUCCAAGCUGAGCCGUCACGCUGCCCUCGCGGUACAAGUUGUUUUUCCGCUCGAUAUUUACCGAGCCAAGCCGGAACCAAACUUUGAUUCGCUGGCAUUGCACGGCACGGCGCGGAUUUCUGUAGUGGAUAAAGCAACCCGGCCCAAUCUUCCUGAGCCGCACAGGGCCAACUCGGCACGGCUCUGUUGCGCCAGUGGGAAAAAAAAGAGGGUGGUUGACGGUAUCACCAGUGAGGUCACGGGUCUGGUGGUGGGACCGAGGCAGGAGGUAUAGAGGGGCAGCUGGGUUCUGUUCCGAAUUUGGUGCGAAGGUUUUAACUAAACACACGGGCAACCAAGAGAUGCAUGUGGUGGUGCUUGUUGUGUCCAGGGGAAGAGGGGUUAUUUUUGUGAAUAUAUGGGGGAAGUUAAAGCUGUACAAGAGAUGUGUAAUUAUCAUUUGGCUCGGAGGGGGGAAGUACGGCAUCUUGUUGUUUUGCUUUGUUUUAAUUGUGACUUUAACGUGAACAAAUAAUUAAUGAAGUUGACAUUCCACUGGGUGGGUGGUGGGGGUCACACGGUGACACGGUACGGCCACGCCCCCCAAUGCGAGUCAUCCACACAGCGUGAGCGAGAGUCGUCCCUCGUCCCCCGUGGGUUGCUGGCUCGCUCACUCGCCCACGUGUGGACGGGGCGACUCGUCGUGGCGAGCGACCCACGCGGAGACUCGAGCAACUCGCAUUGAGGUCGCUUGGGGCUUCACGCGAGUUGCUCGCUCACUCGCUCACACGAAGACCGGAAGGGCGACUCGCAGCUAGUCGCCUGCCCCCUUGCCCUUUGCGAGUCGCUUACCUUCCACACCAGUCGCUCCGUCUGCGUGCGACUCGCUCGGGCCUCCGCUCGAGUGGCUCUGUCACUCGAUGGCUCGCGCAACAAAGGAGUCGUCCGCUUGUUCAUCUCGCGUCGAGUCGCUCCAUCUCAACCGCCGCUCGCCCGCUCGCUUGCUCGCUCGAUCGCGUCCACCCACCCAGUCCCCGCGGCGUCCGAUCUCCCCGCUGCGGCGUCGGGAUCGAAACGUCGGGCGGGUCACAUGACUGCCAGGGCCGCGGCGGUAGAAUAAGCCACGGGAUAAAUGUCUUGUCGUUGUCGGCGCUGCCUGUAAAUCCUCAUCGUGUUGCAUAACCCUCGUGUCCGUAGCGUGGAGGGCCGCAGAUCAUUUGUCUAAUUUAUCCGCCCCCUGUAACGGGCUGUCACAUGAGCGGCUUGCGGUUGAAUAAACGGGCACGCUCCGUCGCGACCCCGCUCUCUCUCG